GCGAACUCAACUUUCUACAGUCGAUGGCAGGUUAAGUGGCGCUGCCAUUGACACCUUGUUGCCCCCCGUCAAAAAAACAGGAAAUCAAAUCGGAAAGAAACCUUCUCGAUAAAAAAACGGAAAAACAACAACACAGAACAUGGAGUUGCAUUUGAUUUUGCGAACCAUCUGCCUCGUGGCCCUGAUCAGCACUUGUACCGUGGCCGACUCAACCAGCCGUGGCGGCGAUUCGCUGGAGGAUUCCUUCUCCUUGAUGGGUCAAUUGGAGAAGCGCCAGUCGUUCAAAAAACUACGAUCGCACAAUCCUAUCCUCAUUUAUCACCAGUCUAUCCGACAACCACGGUACCUUCCAAGAAUAAAUAGCCAUAGCGAACCGCCAGUGAGCGAACGAGACAUCCCAAGACGACUCAUUCGGCGCGGAAAUAACAAGACUCAUUCUAAUUUGCAACCGCUACUCGUCUGGAACCAUCAAUUGCUGCCCAAUUUCUAUAACAAGCGACAGCCGCCCUUCUUCAUAAGCUCGUUGCGCAAAGACGGUUACCCCGGCGGUAAUACGAAGAACAGUUUGGCCGUCAAACGAUCCGGUGGAUGGCUAUCCAAGUCUUAUGACGAAACGAACGCACAAGGAUUUCCCUACGAAAAGUUCAACUACGAAAAUAAAGAUUAUUACCAGGUUGAAAACGAUUUCAACGAGCCGGAGUUCCAGCCAGCCGAAGCCAUGAAUGAAGAUUUUUAAUUGCCAUGAAAAUUAUUUUUGUUCAUGCACCACACACGAUUGAUGCUUUACUAUACACAUUCCCACAAAUGAAAUGAUCGAAAAACUAAUAAACUGAAUGGAAAUUCCAAA